AUGGCCUCCAAUAUUCCCAACAAUACCUCUGCCGGUCCAAAUGCUGCUACUACUGCUGCUAAUACCAACAUCGCCAGCAACGCCAACCAAACCUACUUGAACGUAAACUCGGUUUUGAUGAAUCCAUCUCUUUCCACCGGCGUUCAAUCAAUAAUGAGCGAAUACUCAACAACUUCAACUAUUUCGCCCAAGUCAAAUGCUAAUAGUAGCACCAAUUUAAACCAAUUCUUUCAAAAAAAGACUUCUUUUAAUUUUGAUUCAAAAGAUCAAAGAGAUUUAAACACCUCUCAGCUAAUUGAUCAAAACUCUUCCCAACAAAAUAACUCAACAAUCUCAAAAGAUAACACUAGUACUAGUAACUCUACUACUAGUAACUCUACUACAAAAAAAUUAAAUCUAUUCAAAAAAUCUAAAAAACACAAAUUCAGAUUAUUUUCCUCAAGUGAAAAGAGAUCAAACUCGAACACUUCCUUAAAUUCAAUCAAUCAAUCUACUAAUAAUAUCAACAACACUAAUACUAUUAAUAAUAACAUUCUAUCUCCGAAAAUUAGUACCUCAAGUCAACAUUCAAUCCAAUCUACAAAAAAGAAAUCAUUUUUCU